UCCUACAAAAAGAAACACAGAAAAUAUUGGGAAUCUCUUAACUAAAGAAAAUAUAUUUAGAAAUUAAUUCUCAGAGUGAAGUAAUGGUAAGUGGAAAAUUUUCUGUUUUAUUUUCCAUGAAGAAUGUAAGCCACAGUCAUGCUUCCAUGCAGAACCCUGUUUGUAUACUUGAAUCUCAAGACCUGGAAAAUGACAGAAUAAAUUCCAUGGAUUUGAAAAUAGCAACAAUCCUCCUAUUCCAGAUAGUCGUUGGAAUCCUGGGGAAUUUCUCACUCACGAUUCAUUACAUCCUCCCUCACUUCUAUGGAUGCAGGUCACGGUCCACAGACUUGAUUCUCAGGCACCUGACUGUAGCCAACUCCUUGGCCAUUGUCUCUAUAGGAGUCCCCCAGACAAUGCUUGCUUUUGGGUUAAAACAUUUCCUCAAUGAUUUUGGAUGCAAACUUGUUUUAUAUCUUCAAAGGGUGGCCAGGGGUAUGUCCAUUUGUACCACCUGCCUCUUGAGUGUCUUCCAGACCAUCACCAUCAGCCCUAUGCACUCCAGGUGGGCAGGGCUUAAACUAAAAGCCCUAAAGUACAUUUGUCUCUCCAAUAUCCUCUGUUGGAUACAACACAUGCUAGUCAAUGCCAUUUUUCCAACCUAUGUGUCUGAUAAACGGAGGAACAAUACCAUCAUAAGGAAAAGUGUGUUGGGAUACUGCUGUACUACACACCAUGACAAUGUAGCAAUCUCACUCUAUGCAGCAUUGUUAUCCUCCCAUGAUGUUUUCUGUUUGGGAUUCAUGUCCUGGGCCAGUGGCUCCAUGGUUUUCAUCCUGUACAGACACAAGAAGAAAGUCCAACACAUUCAUAGGAACAACAUCUCCCCCAGGUCCUCUGCUAAGACCAGAGCCACCCAAAGUAUCCUUGUCUUGGUGAGCAUCUUUGUAUCACUUUAUGCCCUCUCUUCCAUUAUUUAUGCUUAUUUAGCUCUCUUUGAUAAUCCCAGUUGGUGGCUGGUGAACAUGUCUGCGUUAAUCACGGCGUGUUUCCCAACAGUCAGCCCCUUUGUUCUCAUGAGCAGUGACUCCCGUGUACUGAGACUUUGCUCUGUCUGCUGUGGAAGGAAUAUUUUUUUUAUCUCUCCUAAGAAAUAG